UUUAAUGUCUUUGUGUACAUAUGUGUGUGUGUUAUUUUUUUCCUUUUUAAAAUUUGAGGUCGGGUCCCUCUAUGUAGCCCGAGCUGGCCUACAUUUCACUAUACAGGCUUAGUGGUGGUUUUAGUGAGGGGAAGCUUGGUGUUUUUGAUGGCUUGUUUUGUUGAGUUGGAAUUUUUGUAGCUGGUGCUUAGAGUCUACUCACUAAGACAACAGGGCCACAAACAAGCCCUUCUUUGUGUUUUUCUGGAAACUGUGUAACUUCAGCGUUUUUCUCUUGGGUUUGUAAGCUCUUGUGCUAGUGCCCGUGGGGAGGGGGUGAUGGCUGAGAUUGGGUUUGUUUUUCUCUACUGCCGGAGACUGCUGAGUGGUGUGUGGGUGCUGUGACACCCCUGUGGCGCCCAGAACUGUUGAGUUCUGAGGCUGCGGGGCUGCCAGGCUGGGGCCGCAGUUGCUGUUUUCUCUGGGACUGCUCAUUGCUGAAGAGACAGUGACUCACAGAAGACCACGCUGACCUCCAGGUGAAGCUGGAACCCACGCCUGACCCACCUGGAUCAGCGGCUGUCUCAGAGUGCCGUGCCCAUGUCACAUGGGGCAGGCUCCAGCUGAGCGGGUGGCCCGAGCCCACCCACUUCCGUCCUCCGGGUGAGUGGCCCAUCCUGAUGUGAGAGCACCUCCCUCACUCCCCCAAAGGAUGCUCUGAGGUCUGCUGCACAGCUGGGAACUGACUUCACCACAGACCUUCAGCCGAAGAGGCUCAGGUCUCCCUGGGCCCCAAGACCCUCCCUGUACCUAGAUCGCUCAGUUCUGUCUGUCUGUCUUUCUGUCUGUCUGUCCCCCAGCCCCAUGCUUCAGGCUGCUCCCUCUUCUUUUACACUUGUGACCUUGCCCACUCCCCUGCCAGCCCUCCCUGCCGGUGCUCAUGGUUCCACGAGGCCCAUGCCUCUGUUCCCUGGCUUGCCCACCCGAGAGGCACCAAGCAUCUGCUUCAGCACCAUCUCAAGGGUCCUUGGAGCGUCAUUCCUAAGGGGCCCACAGAAUCCCCGGUGGUCACCACAGAGGCUGUCACAGUGGAAGGCAAGAGAGACAGCCACAGCUUGGAGGACGGUGCAUGUACUGGUGAGGCCCGUUCCCAGGGCUUCUCUGCACCAACGGCCGUGGAGGAACACUAGCAUGUUGUGUGGUUACAUGUCUUGUGAAGUCUUCCUUCAUCUGCGUGGUACAGCUCACCACAGCUGCUGUGAGGUCCCCUAGGUGGAAUGACACCCUGUGGACAGUGGCCUGCCCUGUGAGGCCAUCAGUGGUGCAGGAGCCCCCUGUGCUUCUCCCUGCCCAUCUGCUGCCACGGGGUACGUAGGGGUCUCGUACAAAUACUUCUUAGCGUCUCCUGACAGCUCCAGCCCAACUCUGAACUCGAUGCAGUUUACUGUUAGGGCAGAAGCACCCUCAAAGCAAACAAAGACCUGCCGGCGAGCCAGGCCCUCGGAUGAAACAUUCUUACAAGUUAAGCUUCAGUAGAGACCUGGCUGUGAAUUGUAGCAACUUUCGGUGGGCUCUGCUUGGACGACCAUAUUUAGCCAGUCAGGAUCUGGCUCUGUCCACCUGGUGCCCUGUAAGUUUGUCCUCUUUCCUGCCUUGGCCUCUGAGACACCACUACGCUUCACCCGUGGACAGGAAUGGACAGGGAUUCAGUCUUGUGGCAGUUCCCAGUCCCCAGACAUGGAGACCACCCACCAUUUCAGAGACCCGCUGCUCCUGAAGUCGGGAAGAGCUGUGAUGCUUCUCAGCCCUGCAGGCUUGCUCUACAAGGGCUGGCCCUUGUUUGGCACCGGAAGCCCUCUGAGAAGUUUGGACAUAACACUCCCCAGAGCUGCCGAUCGGCUGGCUCUGAAAUGGACGGCUCCUGUUUGGCAUCCCAAGGCCUCAGAGAGCUUUGCGCAACAGUAUUUCCGGGAGUUGAAUCAGCUCUCGGCUAGCAUCCUGCAGCUACGGUGAACUAAAACCUGUUACGUUUCAAUCCCGUGUAGCAAUUUGUUUUUAUCCCAUUUCCAGUUUGUCCCCACUGAUUACACAGCGUCUCCCGUUUGUAAAAUCUCUGUCUGCCCGCCACAUUCUUGGAGAAGGUUGGGACAAGGACCCAGUUGGGGACAGGUUUCCUGCAACUGUCUCACAACUGGAAGGCCAGCUGCAAUGUUCCUGGGUCCUGGCUCGCCCCUCACAAUGGGCCCAGCCAUCGGGGAAAGCUGUCUUUUAUUCAACGCGGAGACGACAGCUUCUCCCUGUGAGCCAUGGUGUGCCAGCCCCGGUGCUAGAGUAGCGGCUCUUCGUCUUGGUUUGUGUCAGCAGCCUCCGGAGGGUGUGCCGCCACGAGGGUGGCUGGUCUCCUGCUAUUUCCACAAGCUCCUGGUAUUUAUUGCUGCUGGGUCAAGGGCUACAGUUUAAGGACUAUGCUCUGGAGAAGGCAGUAUAAAACCAAAGUGGGCAGUGACGGAGGGAGCGGGCAGGGCAGGACCCAGGACUUAGUCUCCAGCACGAGUAUUCAGAGGUGGGGCAUUUGAGAGGUGACUGAGUCCUGACAGUGCUAGCCUUCAGGGAAAAAAUGGCUUCACUCGUGGUUUCACAGGGGACGGGUUUGGAAGAAGGGGCUUUAUCAUAAGCGUUCUCUGGGGCGGGCUGUAGGGGUGUUGCUCAUGAUACAGCACUUACUCAAUAUUUACACAGCAUGCCUCAUACCAGCACCACAAGUAAGCAUGUGUUUGCGCUACCCCGUGUCCCUCCCCUUCUGUACCAACAGGCUUUGAGCAGCUUUGUACCCACAAUGCUCCUUGUUGUGUUGUUUGGCCUAAAAGUAACAGCCCACCAGCUGUGGACUGAAACCUUGGAAACCGUGAGCCUAUGUCCUCCUUUAAGGUGACUUCCUUGGGUAUUAUUUUACAGUGACAGAGAAUUAACUAACUCGGGGUCAUUAGCUGCCUGGGUUUUCUUAACUUAGCAACAGCCUUGUCUAGAGCCUGCCCAGCUCAGAAGCUGAGAGCUGCAGCGUUAGGACCAGCAGUGUCUCCCUCCGGAAGCACUCAAGCACUUGUGUGGAUGGCUUUAGUGCUUGCCCCGGAACUGUUGGGAGGCUGGAGGAAUAUUUAAUGGGCAGGGCUGAGUGGAAGGAGCUUAAUCAUGAUGGGCAUGUCCUUGAGGGGAACAGUGUGUCCCGACCCACCCCCCGGUCUGCUUCUUCUCAUAGGCUGUCAUGAGGCGAACGAACAGACCUGCUCUGUGAGGCACCGCCCUGUGAUGUUCUGCCUGACACAGGCUCCCUAGCAAACCAGAGACCAAAGCCUACAGCAUCGUGAGCCAAAAUAACCCUUUCCUUCUGUGUUUUUCUUUCAUCAAAAUUUUCCUUUUUACCUUCUUUUCUUUCUCUCUUUUCUUUUUUCUUUUUUUGGAGACAGAGCUUGCUGUGUAGCCCUGGCUGCCCUGGAAUUCACUGUGUAGACCAGGCUGGCCUCAACUCACAGAGAACGGCCUACCUCUGCUCCCGCACUGCCCGCAGUGCUGAGAUUAAAGGCAUAGCCAGUCUGGCUUUGUUGAGACUGGGUCUCAUUAUGUAGCCUAGCUUGAACUUGAGUUUCUGAUCUUCCUUCCUUACAAGUUGAUUUUCUUUAGUCUUUUGUCACAGUAGGGAAAACUGACUGACAAUCAAACCAGGUCGAUUCUUCCCUCACAUUCCGAGUUUCGGCACACCUUCCUGUCACCCCCGAUGCUCACAUCCCUCUCAACUACAAAGGUCCCCCAACUACUUGCCGUGGCUCCCGGGACCCCCACCCUCUGCUCACCCUUUUAUCUGCCUCCCCCACAGCAGCAGAAGCCAAUCACACGAAGGCUCUAGAGUGUCCCUAAUGUCCCUCCUUAGCCGGUGUGGCCUUAGCCGGUGACCACAUUCUGAGUUUCCCUGCAUCCCUGGUGUGGACAUUAUGUGGACAAUAGUUAGGGGUUCUAUUACUGUAAGAAACACCACGGCGGGAGGGAAGGGCUUAUUUGGUUCCACAACCCAGUCUGUCAUCAAAGGCAGUCAGGGCAGGGACUCCAGACAGGAACCUAGAGGCAGGAGCUGAAGCAGAAGCCAUGUACGGAUGCUGCUUGUUCCUCGUGGCUUCCUUGGCCUCUUGCUUGUGGCACCCAGGACCUCCUGCCCCAGAGUGGUACCACCCACAGUGGGCUGGGCCCUCCCUCAUCAAGCUAUCAAAAAAAUGCCGACAGACCAAUGUUAUGGAAGCAUGUUUUCAGCUGAGAGUCCUCAAAUGACGCUAGCUUGUGCCAAGCUGACAAAACCCCUCCACAGCUCGUCUCUAGCCUUAGAUCUGGGUACCGCUCUCACCGUCUGGCUCGUUUGUCCUCUGCCGUAUCUGCCCUGACUGUGCCAUCAUGGCUGCUUUUCAUGGAGACCUUAGCCACCUGUGGAAGCAUCACCAUCUCCUUCAUGUCCUCUUGCUUACAACCGUCACCGUCCCCUCUAAAGCGUUUUAUCUAUCACUAUUCUGUCACCAGAGGGCAAAUUCAAGAAGGACAAGAGCUGUGUCCCCAGAACAGGAACUCAAAGACAUCUGACCAAGUCAGAGGACGCCGCAGCAGGAAGUGGACGCAGGGGAUGAGAGCAGACCUGUGGAGCGGUGGCCGCUGUGGCCCUGGUUCCUGCGUGGGUUUAACUUCUGAGCUGGGGUAUCAGCGGAGAUGGCCUGCUCCACAAAGCCAGCGUGCUAGCAGGGUGGGGCACAUCCUGUGUGACAGAUCAGUGUGUCAGGUCUCCAGGGCUGCUAUCAUGGGUUAGGUUUGGGUGCCCAAAUUCCUAGAAAUGCCAAGGUACCAAGGACACAGUAAGAGGUCAUGCCCCUCAGAGAGAUUCCACAAGACUCUGAACCUGCUGCCACUGAGAUGAUGAUGAUGAUUUGAGACAGGGUUUCUCUGUGUAGCCCUAGCUGUCUUAGAACUGGCUCUUAUACACCAGGCUGGCUGGCCUGGAACUCACAGAGAUCCGCCUGCCUCUGCCUCCCAAGUGCUGGGAUUAAAGGCGUGUGCCAGCACCACCCGGCUGCCACUGGGAUCUUGAACUGUUUUAGGUAGGAGAACAAAUCCCAUCAUCUCAUCUUGAGAUAGCCUCACCUCUGACUAAGGCAGUCUAGAAGAGACAUUCCUGGGGACAGCGCCUUCUGAAGGGCUGGGUCUGCUCCAAGUCCAGGAGUAUAGUGGGUGGGCUGUCUCUGCAUCAGGGUUUCAACAACUCUUAGGAGCCUGCAGUUGUGGCUCCCUGGCCGCCUGGUACCUCUGGAUCACAAGUGAGUGCCGGUGCCCUGUGAAACUGCCUAGCUCAGCUUGGCCCUAAGAAACUCAGGGAGUCUGUGCAGAGGGUCUAGACCGCAAUGCUGGGGCCCCAGAGGAGUAGGGGCUGCCUGGGCAGGAGAAUGACCCUAACCGGGCAUUCUGGAAGUCUUUGGCCUCCGAACUAGGUGAGGCAAACCCAGAAACCCCGCCCCGCCCCACUCAUGAGGCCCCACCCCCUAUGGGUUCAGCAGACAUCCUUCCUGCACUCUACAAGUGUCCCGCUCCCUACUUUGAAGGCGACUCCUCCUCCACCCUGAGGUCCAGCCCCUGCCUCGGAUCUUCAGCCCACACCAACCAGAACAGCCCCAGGCCUCCAGUAAGCCCCACCCUGAAGGCCCUGAGGCUUCCCUGGCUCACUGAGGAGUUCGCCGUCCCAGCCAUGGCUCGCGCUGCGGGACGUGAGCGGCGGCUGCUGGCCAUCUACACUGGCGGCACCAUCGGCAUGAGGAGCGAGGGCGGCGUGCUGGUGCCCGGGAGAGGCCUGGCCGCUGUCCUGAGGACACUUCACAUGUUCCACGAUGAAGAGUACGCCCAGGCUCACCGCCUACCCGAGGAUACGCUGGUGCUACCCCUGGCCGGUCCUGACCAGAGGAUCCUCUACACGGUGCUGGAGUGCCAGCCACUCUUCGACUCCAGUGACAUGACCAUCACUGAGUGGGUUCAGAUUGCCCAGACCAUAGAGAGACACUACACACAGUACCAGGGCUUCGUGGUCAUCCACGGCACGGACACCAUGGCCUUUGCCGCCUCGGUGCUUUCCUUCAUGCUGGAAAACCUCCAGAAGCCCGUCAUCCUCACCGGUGCCCAGGUGCCUAUCCAUGCCCUGUGGAACGAUGGCCGUGAGAACCUGCUGGGGGCACUGCUCAUGGCUGGCCAGUACAUCAUUCCUGAGGUCUGCCUGUUCUUCCAGAAUCAGCUCUUCCGGGGCAAUCGGACAACCAAGGUGGACGCUCGGAGGUUUGCAGCCUUCUGCUCCCCCAACCUGCCCCCUCUGGCCACUGUGGGUGCCGAUGUCACAAUUAACCGAGAGCUGGUGCGGAAGGCCAGCGGGAAGGACCGUCUGGUGGUGCAUAGCAGCAUGGAGCGUGACGUGGGCCUGCUCCGCCUUUACCCUGGGAUUCCUGCCUCCCUGGUCCGGACCUUCCUGCGGCCCCCGCUGAAAGGUGUGGUCAUGGAGACCUUCGGCUCUGGGAAUGGGCCCACCAAGCCGGACCUGCUUCUUGAGCUGCGGGAGGCAGCAGAACAAGGCCUGAUCAUUGUCAACUGCACCCACUGCCUUCAGGGGGCUGUGACUUCGGACUAUGCGUCUGGCAUGGCCAUGGCAGGAGCUGGCAUUGUCUCAGGAUUCGACAUGACGUCGGAGGCUGCUCUGGCCAAACUGUCCUAUGUGCUGGGCCAGCCAGGGCUGACCCUGGAUGACAGGAAGAAGCUGCUGGCCAAGAAUCUUCGUGGGGAGAUGACGCUGCCCAUGACAGAUGAGCGCCGGUCCUCGCUGCAAGAUGGCAUGUUGGGCUGCAGGGUAGCAUGGCUUCUCAGUCUGAAUGGCAGCCAGGAGGCUGAUGCCAUGCAGGAUGUCCUGAUGCCCAGCCUGGCCCUGGCUGCAGCUCAUGCUGGUGACCUAGACACUCUGCAGGCCUUUGUGGAGCUGGGCAGAGACCUCAACCUGAAGGACUGCAGCGGUCAAACCCCACUGCACGCAGCUGCGCGGAGGGGCCAUGCUGCAGUGGUCGCCAUGCUGCUACAGAGGGGUGUGGACGUGAACGCCCGUAAUGAAGACGGCCAUAGCCCGCUGCUGCUGGCCGUGAGGGGCAGGCAUCAGGGUGUCAUUGGGCUGCUGCGGGCUGCUGGGGCUUGCCUGUCUCCCCAGGAGCUGGAGGACGUUGGGACAGAACUGUGCAGGCUGGCAUCCAGGGCAGACAGUGAAGGCCUGAGGGCGUGGUGGCAGGCAGGGGCCGACCUGGGACAGCUGGGCUAUGAUGGACACUGUGCCCUGCAAGUAGCUGAAGCAGCUGGGAAUGCUGAUGUGGUGGCCCUGCUACAGAGCUUUAAGGACAGGCUCAGUGCCCAGCCCCAGGCCCACUAAGUCCCGGGCCGGGCUGACGUCCCCCCAGUGAGCUCCCAUUGGUCUGAAGCUGGACCCUGGCACCUGGUAUUCCAGAGCCGGCUCUGCAGGCAGCCUGAGGAGGUGGAGUGCACAGAUGCAUUGUCCAGAGCCUUUCGUGGGGCUCUGGGAGGAGCAGUCUGAUGGAGAUACAAGCUGGAGCUUCAUGUAGGCCAGGCCCACCUCAGACCUUCACCCUGCCCAGUCUUGAGCUGGGAGGGCCUGGGCUGCCCAGCUGACUUCCGUUCCCUUUGCAUUGUUGGAGUUUUGAGACCGGCUGGGCUACCCCGCCUCCUGGGAAUGGCUGGACUACAGACACAGGGCACCUGCGGCGGAGUAGGGGGAGCCCUGCUUCUGGACAUAUCCUCCAUACGUCGUCCUCCAUGCAUCCUCCAGGAAGUCCUCCUUGGCUCCCAACCUGCCAUUCCGCGAGGUGAUCCUUACUGCCGGAGGGACCUCAGGCACAUACCAGCAGCUCCUGUUAAGCUGCCUCCUAGCCUGCUGGCGUGGCAGAUCUGGAGGUCUCUGAUGAGCAGAAUGCCAAUAAAAUUGUGGGGACAGCUGCUGCUUGACCUGGAUA